UUAGUGCCAAACAAGAGGGGUACGCGCCAAGGGUUGGUAUUCCACGCGCCAGUGCCAAAAUAAAUUGAGGCACUCGUUACUUGGCAAACGCGAACGUCGACGAGGACAGGGUUUUCACGUUAUUAUCAGACAAUUAAUGUCUUUUUCUUUUUUGGAAGAAAUUCUGAGAGUCAAAACCAGAGACACGAACUGAACAGAGUGGCAUUGGCUGAGUUGUCAACGCACCGCUAAGGGCAUCUCAUUUUAAUCGCUGAGAGGAAGCACAGAUACCCAACUGUGGUCUUUUUACCGCUGUCACUCACCGUAGUGAAACACUGGGGGUGUUUCCGUGCGUGUUGUUCCUGGAAAGUCACUCUUUAUCAAAUGGUCGUACUUCUUGGAGGUGAGGCCGGGCUAGCCAAGGUCCGGUCAGGAAGAGGACAGUACUGGACAUAGAUGUUUGGGACGGGACACUGCACGGGACACUGUCGCUGUAGAAAGGAACCUUAUCAAACCUGAUUUCUCUGACUGGCCACCCAAGAAGCGCUGCACUUCCAGUUUCGAGGAGGUUCCCAGAAAAGUUUGGGAAGGGGCAAAAACGAAAAAGAAAACGGGGAACCAAACCGAUUCGUCCAACUGCAGGUCUCCGCGCGAUGCGAGUGUAAAUGCUGGGGCAAUGUCCCGUCGCAAGCAGGGAAAUCCACAGCACUUGACACUGUCACCCACAGAGAGGAUACAGCCAGAAGUGGACCAUGCGGCGGAUGGUGGCCACACCCUGGAGGUCACGCCUCCGAGCUCGGUACAGGGGCUGGGGGAGCGUGACUUGCUCACCUGCGGACAGUGUCAGACCAACUUCCCCCUGGGAGACAUCCUGGUGUUCAUUGAGCACAAAAAGUCCCUGUGCCAAGGCCUGACAGGAGGUCAUGGCUGCUACGACAAGAUGGGCAGGCAGCGCCGCGGUGGCCCCCGUUCGCCCGCCUGCCUCCCGCUCCAUAGGGGGGAGGAGCCAGUGGAGGUGGGGAUCCAGGUGACGCCCGAGGAGGAUGAGGCCCAGGGACAGAGAACACAGACUCCUGCCAGAGUCUAUCCCAAGCAGGAGAGAGCUCCAGCAGGUGGAGAUGAGCCAUCCAGCUACAUCUGCACAACAUGCAAGCAGCCCUUCUCCAGCGCCUGGUUCCUCCUCCAGCAUGCUCAGAACAUGCACGGCUUCAGAAUCUACCUGGAGCCCAUGGUCUCCCGAUGCUCCCUGAGUCCUCGCAUCACUCUCCCUCCCCCCAUGGUGGUAGAGUCCAUGCCCCAGCCCCCCCUGGCCAGUUUCCUGGGAGACAGCAACCCGUUCCAUCUCCUCCGGAUGGCAGCUCCCAUGCUCCGGGAACCCCCGGGUUUCAUGGAAGGCCGUUUGGGCCCAGGGACACCCCAGUUCUUGUCCCCUCCACCACGCCCUCACUUGGAGCGUCUGAGCGCAGAGGAGCUGGGCCUCAUGUCGCAGCACCCCAGUGCCUUCGAGAGGGUGAUGCGGCUCAACCCCAUGGCCGCCAUGGAGUCCCAGUCCAUGGACUUCUCCCGUCGGCUCCGCGAGCUGGCGGGAAACACAGGACCUGCCAUUCCACCGCCCCUCUCCCCGGGGCGCCCCAACCCGCUGCACCGGCUGCUCAACCCCGUCCUCUUCCAGCCGGGACCCCCCCGCCCCCCGUUCCUCAGCACCCCUCCUACCCAUCUCCCGCCACCCCCACCGACCACCACCAGCGCUGCCUCAUCGCCUCCCCCGUCUGUCAAGUCCAAGUCGUGCGAGUUUUGCGGGAAGACCUUCAAGUUCCAGAGCAACCUGAUCGUGCACCGCCGGAGCCAUACGGGUGAGAAGCCCUACAAGUGCCACCUGUGCGACCAUGCCUGCUCCCAGGCCAGCAAGCUCAAGCGGCACAUGAAAACCCACCUGCACCCGCGGAAGGGCCCCGAGUCCCUCACGGGGCCCUCCGAGGAUGGCCUCUCCACCACCAGCUCCCCCGAGCCAGGCACAAGCAACCUGCCUGGGGAGGACGGGGGCAAGGACCAGGCAGGUCGCCUGGGAGUGGGUGCAGCGGUGGCCGUGGGCCCCGAGAACGAGGAGGAAGAGGAAGAAGAGGAGGAAGAAGAGGAGGAGGAGGAAGAGGAGGAAGAGGAGCUUGAGAAUGAGAGUAGGCCUGAGUCAGGCUUUAGCAUGGAGUCUGGGUUCUGCCGCGGCCGGGAGAAUGGGCCCAAGGUCGUUGCGGAUGAGAGGGGCGUCCCCACGGGGAAAGGGGAGGAGGAGAGUGCUGGCCUGGAGGUGCCCUCGCACAGGUACCCUGGCCUGAUGCUGGAUGACAGGAGGAAGCUGCUGCCAUUCCCCAAGCAGGAUGGAGACGGUAGGGGCAACACAAGAGACGAGGACACGGCAGCGAGGCGGGGGGACAGUAGGGCAGAGCCGCCGACCCUAAACGGUCGGGACUGCAGCUCUGGGGACUCCUUCACAGGCCUGUUCCAUCGACGCCCGGCCCCCGUCACCAGCCCAAGCCUCUCAACCUCGUCAGCCAAGAAAAUCAAGCUGGAGGGAGAGCUGGACCUGCCGCCUGUCCCACUCAUCCCCUCCGAGAAUGUCUACUCCCAGUGGCUCGUGGGAUACGCCGCGUCCCGCCACUUCCUCAAAGACCCCUUCCUGGGCUUUGCUGCCUCGCGCCAGUCCCCCUUUGCCACAUCCUCCGAGCACUCGUCGGAAAACGGGAGCCUCCGUUUCUCCACGCCGCCCGGAGACGCCCUGGACGGGGCCUUCUCCGGCAGAAGCGGGACGGCCAGCGGGGGCAGCACCCCCCACCUGCGGGUGGGGCCUGGCCCAGGCCGGCCCAGCUCCAAGGAGGGUCGUAGGAGCGACUGCUGCGAGUACUGCGGGAAGGUGUUCAAGAACUGCAGCAACCUGACAGUGCACCGAAGGAGCCACACCGGUGAGCGGCCCUACAAGUGCGACCUCUGCAACUACGCCUGCGCCCAGAGCAGCAAGCUGACGCGCCACAUGAAGACCCACGGCCAGUACGGCAAGGAGGUGUACCGCUGCGACAUCUGCCACAUGCCCUUCAGCGUCUACAGCACCCUGGAGAAACACAUGAAGAAGUGGCACGGGGAGCACCUACUGCCCGGCGAGGUCAAACUCGAACAUGCAGAGAGGAGCUGAGUGCACACUGCCUCUCCAUAAAUCUUGUCUAAUUGCUUAUUUCAAUAAGAGGAGGGAAUGGGGGAUAGGUGGACAAGCAAUUGUUUUUAUCCCAAAAAAAAAUUUGAGGGAGGGGGGUGCGGUGGGGAGGUAGUCGUUAUUUGUCCAUAGUUUUUGUUUGUUUUGGUUUUCCUUCUGAAAAUGAUACCUGAGAAUUAAUGGUGACUGGUAAUUUUUUUCUUUUAAACAUGGCCUAGACUGCAUUUGGGAUACGUUUUCACAGGAGGAUUUAACAGUGAGGAAUUCAUGGAGCCUUUUUAACUGUGCAAUAAUUUCUGUAUUUAUUGGAUUUUUUGUAUUAAUAUUUGGCAUGUGCAGGUAUUCUUUGUUUCCUUAAUGCCAGGUUUCACUUCAUUUUCAAGUACUGGGGUUUUUUAUACCCAGGUGAUAUACUGAGAUUAUUGUUUUUAACAAAAUUGAAAUACUGUUGUUUUUAAAUUAUUGUAGGCUACAUCAGUGAACGUAUUUAAGCUACCCAAAUAAUUUCUUGAGGGAGAAACAAGAUUUACUUAAAAGAAACAGCUAUUUUGUCAUACAUGGAAAUGGGCAGAUUCCAUUCUUGUAGCAUUUAUUGACUAUUAAUGAAUGAUUUAUGAAUAUAUGUAAUUGGGUUGUUAGCACUGAUUGUCGGAUCUGACAGCAAGAUAGAACAGGAAUUUGGAAUUUACAAAUCCGUUUUUCCUCCACAAGAUAAAGGCGAGGAAUUAAAAUCGUUAAAAAGAUAUCACAGCUGCUUUUUGGUACCAAGUACCAAACCACACAGAAUUGCUAUGAUGUAAACUUAGAGUGCUUUGCCGUUGCAGUGCAGGUACUAACAUAUUUCAGAACUGUACAUUCAAAUUGUUUACAAUGAUAUGAAAUAUCCCCCAUGUGUAAUUAUAGGAAUAAUAACAUACUUAAUCAAUGCGAAAGCAGAUAUUUGAUUGAAUUUUUAUUUUUGCAUUCAGUCAUCAUAAGCCUGUGGUCUCAGCGAGGAUGCCAGAUGGAUGUAUCCUGUGCAAUGACUAAAUAUCUCAGGAUCAGUUAAAUGGCAAUUUAUGUUAUUUUUACACUUUUUAGAUGUAGUUCCACUCGCUAAAAACGUCACCUCUGUGUGAAUGCUCCGUAACACUGCCAGCUGUCAUUUCUCUACUCGUGCGCUAACCGUCUUGUAUCGGGUAUUGUGGUUCUCCUGAGAAGGGAGGGAUUCAAUUCAAGUGGAACAAGAACACAUUUUCAUUUAUUUCGAGAAGCUCAGCUUCUAAAACUAUGAACAUAUCCUAAAGGUAUUGGUGAAAGUUAUGGCUGUACUGCUUUGCACUCCAAAACCCUUUAUCACAGAUAGAAUGCAUGUGAUUGCAGCAUUGUACAGUUAGGCAUUACAAGUAAUAUACGGCAUGCCUGGUAAUCAAGAAAAGAGGGAGACUGCUGCAAAAACUGUGGAAAGGUCAUGGCAUGACAUUGCAUUUUCUUCUAUUAUUGAUCGGAGAUGAGUCAUGUUUUCAGUUGCUGAAAACCUGAACUCUACAGGAGGAUCGCUCAAAGUAAAACCAGAGCCUUUACAUUUUGGAAACUAUAUUUAUGAUAUUGGUAGUUCUGAUUUGAAAUGUUGUGGCAGUAGUUGUUGUUGCGCAGUUCACUUUGUCUCAAAGAAGCCUGUGAUGAGGCUUAAAUCACAGCAAAGGGUCUUACUCAACCCACCCUCUUGUCCCAAAACAUCCCCUUCCAUUGAAAUGAAAAUAAUACAAUAUUUAAUUACAUUUGAAUUAAAAUGAAUUAAAUAUUUGUUCUAUUUGGCUGAUCCACUCUAUACUUCUUCAUUAUAUAGGCACAUGCAUUCAUACUUGAUCUUCCCACAGAAACACACACACACAAACACACACUAUUAUGAGCACAAAAUGAGGUUUAAAGGCAACUUGGGUUGUUCUCUGAUCAAAGUACACUCCUUACUUACCUUAAGAAAGUAAAACUGUUAAAUUAAGUUUCGUUCAAACAACAUCUAGAAAAAGUGAAAACGGGUCGAGCAAACCCUGCAAAAUGAAAGGGAGGAGGCACGCCUGAACUUGCCAAAGGAGAGGAGCACCUGAACACACCAAUCAUUCUAUACCCAUCCAUCCAUCCAUUAUCUGAACCCGCUUAUCCUGAUCAGGGUCGCAGGGGGGCUGGAGCCUAUCCCAGCAUACAUUGGGCGAAAGGCAGGAAUACACCCUGGACAGGUCGCCAGUCCAUCGCAGGGCACACACACCAUUCACUCACACACUCAUGCCUACGGGCAUCGGCCUAACCUGCAUGUCUUUGGACUGUGGGAGGAAACCCACGCUGACACGGGGAGAACAUGCAAACUCCGCACAGAGAGGCCCUGGCCGACAGGGAUUCGAACCCAGGACCUCCUUGCUGUGAGGCGGCAGUGCUACCCACUGCACCAUCCGUGCCGCCUAUUCUAUACCCUACUGAAUGUAAACACACAAGACAUUUCAUUCAAUUCAGAGCUGCUCUUUCAUACCAAACGAUUGGUCAAAAAACGAUUGGUCGAAACUGCGUCCUUUCAAAAUAGAAUUUUCAUAUUAUAUCUGAAAACAAGUAGGAGAUUAGUCAUGAAACUACAUGGGAAUUGCUUGACAAAGCAUCCAGUACCUUAGAAAGUGUAGUUUCCUGCAAAUAUGGGUUGUGAUUGUGCAAAUGGAGGCUACUUUGAAAAUAUCCCGAUGCAACCGCCAUAGCCGGUCUGCAGGAAAUUUUUAUCUUUAGGUGCAUAGCUGAAGUUCUUCUUUUAGAUACUCCAGUCUUACGAUUAUUGUGUGGCUGUGCAGCCUGGCUUUAUCGCUCCAUUGUUUGCCACUCAGAGGGUAAUUGUUGGAUGAAAGAAUCUCAGCCGUGUAAAUGGACUGUAUGUAAAAAUGUAUUUUCUGUAAAGCGCUCUGAAGAAGAAAUAGUAUCUCCUAAAUGCCAAAAUGUAUUGUAAUGAAAGGCCCUCUCCUGUCCUGUUUCAUUCUGUUUUACCACUGUCCUCUGUGUAUUAUACUGGCUCUGAUGACUGAUGUCAUGUUCUAGGAAGAAUAUAAAAGGUUGUUGACCUUUUAUAUAAUGUGAGCUAGGCUAUAUCGACACAUUCCUAUAUCGCAAAUUACUGCCUACUUUCAGGUUCUUUAAAUGAACCCUCCAAGAGGAGGCUCCCAAUUAAGGCAUGACUUAUUAAAUUAGAUUGAAUACUUAACUGACCUAAUUUACUAAAUAAAUUACACCUUGAUGUAAAGCGUUCAUUCCAGUCCAUGUGCAUGAUACAUUUAACUAUGUAUCAAAAAGAAAGUAGCGGGGAGAUGUCUGCCAAAUGACUAAAAUGUAAAUGUAAAUGUAAAUGUAAUCCUCACAAAUGACAUCCUAGUAGCAAUUUUGAAUGAUGUGACCGACUGAUUUAAUAGGUCCAGAAGAUCUUCCAAAGCCUUACAAGGAGAGCUCAUUGCAAUCCCUCAUUUUUUACCUUUUUCUUUUUCUUUCUCCUUUUCUUGCCCCUAGCUCCACACAUCAGGAGAGGCUAGGAAAAGAUUAAAGAAAAAGAAGCAAAGAAUUAGGCAAAUGGAAUAUCCUUGCCCCUUCAGACGGCAGUUCGAAGCUUCGUCAGUUACAAAUAUGGCAGAAGUGUGGCAUGGGGAGAGGUGGAUCCAUGGGUCGAGAAUUUCUAUGUCACGCUUUAGGAAAAAAAACCUUAACUUCUAGCUCCUGGAAGGAACAUACGGGUUUGAAUGUCCUUAAAUAUGGCGGACCUCGAUUGAUUUCAAACAGUACAGCCAUUCAUGUCUUUCAGCAGGAUCACUAAAUAAGUUGAUAACACAGAGGGGUAGCUAAUAGUCAUCUGCUGUUAGGAUUGCAGCACUUUCAGUGGUGCCACUAUAAACAUGCCAUGGCAUACAUUAAGUUGUAAUUUAAUUUUACAUUUGGGUACUUUCAAUACCGAUCUUCUUAAUAAUAAAAAUUCGCAAUUUGUUCACAUUUAGUUUUCAAGGCAAAAUCAAUUUUCUGAAAAAAACCCCCAAACUAUUAUGUAUACAAUUAAGCAAAACAUAACAUUCCCAUGUAUCCAUUCAUAUGCAUAUUUUUCUGUAUACAUUGUAUGAAUAUAUACAUAAAGUCAUUCUUUAUGAGUAAUUUUUCACAUCAAAUUUGUUAUUCUGGAGAUUAUACACAGAGUGGGUAUUUAAACAGCUAAAACAGAAUAAAAUCAGGAAAGGCAGAUUUUGUUUAAAAAAGAAGUGCACGCUGUCUUAAAAUAUGUUUACAUUGCUGGAAAAUUCAAGGGUAAAAUGAUACGUUUGUACAUCUGUUCAUCAACCAUCAAGUAUUUUUUAAGUUUGGCUAUACUUUUUCUGAAUGCUAUGGUGGUCAUAUGUAUACUUUUUCCAUGGUGAUGGGAUUUUUUCCUAAAUAUGAAUAAAUAUAAACACUUUUAAGCUGUAAAUAGUUUACCAGUAUUUGUUAUAAUGAUGAAUGCCGGGGACAUUUUUCAGAAUGGGAAAAAGUAUUUUAUGGUCAAAUUUAAGAAGUGGGCCUUUGAAAAUGUUUUGUCACUGUAACUGUAAAAAUCUCUAGCUUGAGUAGGCAAGCUUAUACAUUUGAUGUAAUAAAUUGAGAGAAACAAUCCAGGACAUUAUGGCAAAGAAGGCCAACUGUUGUCUGUUCAGGGAUUCUGUGGCAGUAAUUAUUAUUUGUUGGUAUUGCUUUGUAGGGAGCAAAUUACAUUCCUAAACCAUAUGCAUUUUUCAUCCCCAAGAAUUGCUCUUCUUAAUAGUCAGCAGCUUAGACUCUCUCGUAGGCACUUGUCUUUAAUUUUACGAGGACUUGACAUUAUUAACUUACAUGUUCUUUGUGGAAAAAAAGAUACUUAAUCUUAAUUUGUCUUUUUUUUUCUGGGGACGGUACAUAAUCAUUUUUUUGAAGUUUCAGAAUGGAACAUACAAGCUGCCACAUUAUAUAUAAAUAUAUAUAUUUUUGAUUUGGCAGGAUAAAAUGGUGCAAAAUCAUAUUAGAUUAAUUAUUCUGAAAAGAAAUCCAAUUGUACAGAUGGGUUUACAGUGUUGUAUGACAACCUUUUAUCCACACAAAAUGCAAACAUAAAUGUUUUUAUUAAUAUGUUAAAUUUUUUUGUAUAACUGCCCUGUUUUUAUUUUGUUUUUGUUUUGCUUUUUGUGUGUUCUCAAAGAUGGAAGUGUUCUGCAUUAUUUGUGACCUUUUGACCUUUUUCAUCAGAAACGAGCGAUGCCACAUUUCUAUGGGCACUCCUCUGUGUGAAGAGCAUAGGGAACUGUUUUACACUGUCUGUCACCCCUGUACGCCCUGGUGGCCAUUUAUUCUGAAUGAGGGUCUCAGAGAAAGGGCCCUGCCAUUUAUGAAUGCGCUAUGCACUAUUCCUGCAGACACAAUCAUGAAAGAAAAGAAAGAAUAAACUUCAGGGGAAUAUAUACUCUAUAUAUACACACUCACUGAGCACUUUAUUAGGUAGACUUGUACGCCUACUUAUUCAUGGGAUUAUCUAAUCAGCCAAUCGUGUGGCAGCAGUGCAAUGCAUAAAAUCAUGCAGAUACGGGUCAGGAGAUUCAGUUAAUGUUCACAUUAAGCAUCAGAACGUGGAGGAAAUGUGAUUUAAUGACCGUGGAAUGAUUUUUGGUGCCAGACAGGGUGGUUUGAGUAUUUCAGAUACUGCUGAUGUCGGAUUUUCACGCAGAACAGUCUCUAGUGUUUGCAGAGAAUGUUGCGAAAAGCAAAAACAUUUCGUGAGCUGCAGUUCUUUGGAAUGUGAAACACCUUGUUAAUGAGAGAAGUCCAAUGAGAAUGGCCAGACUGGUCAAAGCUGAUAGGAAGGUGAUACGUAAGGAACGUAAAUAACCCCACAUUGCAACAGUGGUAUACGGAAGAGCAUCUCUGAUCACACAACGAGUCAAACUUCUAGUUGGUAGGCAACAGAAGUAGAAGACUUAACAAGUCUAAAACAUACCUAAUAAAGUGCUUUCUGAGUGUAUAUGAGGAGAUGGCCAAUUGGGUGGUACCCACACUGACAGUAUGUGAGGAUUUGGAGAGUGAAAUAAGGUGAAGUGAACCUCUGGUAUGUGUAUGGACCGCCACAAUUAUUUAUUUUCAGAGAACCCCUGAUGAUUUUAUCCUGACGGAAGCUGGAUUGAAUGAAAGCUUAUUUAUUCUCCAAACUCAGGGCACAGAGGCACUUCCUGUUACGGAAUCCGACGUCGUGUCGGUCAGCUGUUGCACCGCAGCCUAACAAAUGCUCUAUGUUUCAAUAAAUUAAAAAGUUCAGUAACAUUACCCAACCCACAGAUGUGCUUCAACAGUACAUUUUUUCCCUCAGAAGUUAAAUUUUAACAAGGGCUCAGAACUUGUUCCUGACUGCGCUGUUUGUCCUCUCCUGAGCACUGUCGUCUUGCCAUGAGCAUUCAGGCGCACAAGGUACUUUCCUUUCCUUAGUGACGACUGGAGCAGGUCCACUCGAGGGUUCAGCUCAGACAACCAUUGACAAUGUGUUCUUACCUCUUUGCGGGCAGUUUUUAUUGUAUGUAGCUACGCUAUUAAGAUAGCUGGUUUACUAAUCUGUUGCUCACUAGCUGUCUUCCAGUCGUCACUGAGGGAAGGAAUGUACCUCGGGCCAUCAGGCUGUCUGUGCUGUCCAUUGUUUGCUUGAUCAAACAUUUAUUAAACAACAAGCUUUUGUGGGGAGGGUUGGGGAAAUUGGUGCUUGACACCCAAGGUCAGAACCAGAUGAUUUAGUGACACAGGUUUGACAGUCCAUUCAGUAAAAAAAAAGUGCUUUGCUGCUGUUCACUGUUACUUUGACAUUCCAUUGCUAUUGUUCAUUUUUCUUAAUGUUUGUAUUUAAUAAAACUGUAGCUGGGAUGAAAAUAACACAUCUUUUUUUAAUAUGCCCUCAUGUUCAGAGGAUGGAGAAGGGCCUGGGCUUUUAACAGGGGUGUUUUGAAUAAAAUGUGCGAUGUCAUUUAUUCUCAGCCCAGUCACAAGGAUUCACAAUAGUAAAUGAUGCUUAAUAGACA